AUGAAGUGCGGAUGAACCAAUUGAYUAUCAGCCCUCCAGAUGACAGAUCUGCACGGUUGCCAAUGGGGUUAAGACCUCGACCCUCCUGGAUGUGCGCAAUAGACGUUGCGGGUGACGAUGGGGGCCACAGAUCCAGGGGCGGAGUGCCAUUAUCUGGUGAAGCUUUCUCUGAGACUCGACUCUCAGUCUUUUCUUUUCUUGUCUUGUUGGAUUUAGUUUAUCCACUUGUGGAGCUUUCUAAGAGCCGUAAUAACCAGCUUCAGUAACGSGCACGCUCCCCAAACUCUUUUGAGCUCCGUGGACGAGCAACGGAGUUGCGAAGGCGAGUGUUCGGACUCGUGUUCUCAUCCUCGUUUCGGACUAAACUUAUACGCAAUUCCACUAGUAACUAUCCUGCUGAUAUUGUUAUUUAGUACAUUCAGUGACACACAAAACACUCUUCACCUGUUAAUGAACCAGAAAACACCUAGAGUCUCGUGGUACUCUUUUCAACUAAUUUUYUUAAGAGCUUCUCAGAGGAUGGGAUAAUGCUCAACUGCUCAUGGACGGAUGGCUUGUGGCGAGCGCCUGAAGCAAUGAGGUCGCCAGUUCAAGUAAUUUCGGACAAAGACCUGAUAAUUCUACACGAUGUGGACUACCCGGCAUCCAAUGUUACAUGGCCUGUGGUGGUCGGUCACAUGGCUCACGAUGUGGACGGUAGGUAAAUAGUUGAGAUCCCGUCGCGUCUAAGGGACUGACUUUCCUUCAGCAGUAGCAAAGGUGUAGAGUGAAUGUCGACCCUCGAAACUCUUCUGAAUAGGGUGUCAAAGGGUUGAAUCCCCUUGUAUUACUCUAUUCUGCUCGCAGAAAGUCUACACGAAAUAGAUAAGUUUUGUACGACUCGUCACGCUUGUGCACAGAGGCAGAUGGCCCUUGCUUAGGACUGCUGCAUUGGAAUAGGCCCAAUAGGGAUUUGAGUUUCUGAUCUUGCGUUUUGAAUACUAGACGCUUAGGGUCGGUGACUACUCAGAACCACUCUGUGGGUCUCUCUAGUAAGGAGCAAAACUGGCUCAAAUGUGUAGUAGCUGUUAUGUAUGCCCAGCGUUAUGCCCAGCGUUCAUUCAGGCCGACUAUCCGUUGUAGAGGACAAGGGACUGGCCUUCUUUCAACGGACCAUCGUAAAGAGAAAGGCCAGCCAAGGGAAAUGCCGUUGAGGAUGGGAUGCACUUGUGUAGCAACUCCAGUCGCUUUCUGGCGGCCGUCGUAUUUUAUGGUCAUCAAGCAGCUCGGUCUCAUCUAUGGGCAGAAUGGGAUAAUCAUAAAGUAAAGGCCAGCCAAGGGA